CAGUGUUACUAAUAACUUUAAUGGUGACUGGGCCAACAUACGCAACACUGGGACCCUGGAACCAGAACAGCUUCAAGGAAUUCAGCCACCAUUCAUUUGAUUAUUCACGUCUUCGCUUUUCCUACCGUGACAUGAACGACCUAACCCCUGAUUUAAAAAAUGGGUACAGACUAAAUGUAACCGGUCAGUACACAACUCAAGCAAGUUUAAAGAUCCUACUAACAGGCUUUAAUUUUAUGCAAAACUAAGUGGACAUAAAUACAUCGGUGUUGAGAGGGUUCACUGUCCAGCUGGUGGUGCAGAAGAUGAUUUAAAAAAAGAACAAAGAAAACAAACAUUUCUGUAACAGAAAAUUUUGAUCCUGACCUUUUUCCUUGUGAAAUAUUGCAGCUUUUCACAACCUUCCGAUGUAACAAUAUGAGAAAGGACAAAAUUCUGCUUCCUUUUAAGUGGUCACAAGAGAAAAGGCUGGGAUACACCACGAAACGUGGUCUUAAAGACAUAUUGCAAGACAAUGUUAUCGUCGGCGUGCACAGGUAACUGAACAGAGUCCGUUCACAUCCCUGCUUGGCAGCACAUGCAUGUCUUCAGAGAGGCCAGAGGUCAGCUUGGGGGUCAGUGCCUUGCUUAGUGCCGGGAAUCUAACCGCCUCCUCCUCCGCACCAGCCUCCAGCCCCUUUCUUAUUUGACUUGACUGUAACUUAUUGGCGUCUCUCCACUUUGCUGAACGGAUGUUUGUAAAGUGAUGUGAGAGGAAAUACCCCGCAGUACUCAGUGACAUGUAGCCAAUUUUAAUGGCACUGUUUGCUUGGUUGCUGUUGAUUGCUACUUCCAUGUUUGUUUGUUUUUCUUCUGUCCAGCUGUAAUCACCUCCACCCACACAGCAGCACCUUGAAUUACACAUUCAUGGUUCAUUGCUUUACUGCUUUUUAAGAACAACUCAGAAGUCAGCAGUCGAGCCUUUCAGAUGUCCAGGAGGCACAAGAGAACACCGAUUUCGAAGAGGAGGAGGUAUCUGAAGAAGAAGAUGGGGAAGAAUACAAACAAGAGCACGAUGCAUCAUCUUCAGAUGAAGAAGAAAUCCCCCGGGCUGAAGGAGAGACAUUUCUGUCAGAGAACAGGAAAAUAACACGGUCCAUGUCACAUGCAGUUGCCCAGGACAUCGCUUCAACAUUCUACGCGUUCAUCACUCCAGCCAUCAGAAAAAAAUCCUCCUGGAGGUGACAAAUUUGGAGAGUUUCCGUAAAUAUGGAGACAGCUGGAAAACUGAUGGAUGAGAUUGACCUGCGGGCCUACAUAGGGCCGCUAAUCUUAGCGGCAGUGUAUGGGUCCCGAGGCGAGGCUACAUCCGGUCUCCGGGAUGCAGAGAGUGGAAGGGAGAUUUUCCGGGCGCUGCUGUGCUUAAUCUGUGUUGCGGAAAAUGAUGCUGAGGCAGUUUACGCUCAUGAAGCAACAGGAUCGAGUUCCUGACUACUUGUCCGUAAGAGACGUGAAGACCUGGCUAAUGACAGGGAGAAGCUUCCUGGAGGGAGUUCCGGGAAGCAAUUGCAAGGACAGGAAUUCAUCUUCUGUUCAUGACUGAGCUGGCCUGGACCACAGCGAGGCACAUCUGUCUCAAUCGGAUGGAACAAGAGCUCUUGGAAGAGCUCAACGAAGAAAAGCAGCUUUCACAGCUGUUCGACCGGAAGGUCACAUUGGAGGGGCCUUCACAUGUUUGUUUCAGUCGCCUGCCCAGCAGCAGAGGAGGAGGUACAAACCUUCCUUCCAUGUCUGCACAGCAAGCUGCUGGGAAUCUUUGGUGGCAUUCAGACUACCAUCGGUUCACUCUCAACAGGGCAUGCUAAACCCACAGAGCUCUUGGAGCUCGAACAGAGCACUGCGCCCCCCGGGUACCAGAGGUGGUGGACGCCACGCUGAAGUCCUUCCUGGAGGAAGCAGAGGGGCAGAACAAGAGUGAAGCUGCCAGUGCUGAGAUUGGCAAACUGCUGACCUACUCAGCAGUUCCCUGCCCUUCACAGUUUGGAUCAAUUUCUACAACUCCUCUGUUUGACGUCUGCACCAUUGGAGCCUGAUUCAUGGUCAGAGCCAUCUAUAAGAGGGUUUUCCGCCAGCCCAAGUGCUUCCACCAGAUAGAGGAUGAUGAAUGCUUUUUUUCUGCCAGAGAGGGCAUCGUCAUUGCGCUCCAGGACAUGGAGCAGACUGCUGAAUCCAGCCAGGCUCGUCUUCAUCUCGGCUCCUCAGAGGAGGCGGAAGAGGGAAUCUUGGUUAAGAGGGAAGCUUCUGUAGAGGUCGCUUCCUCAGAGCAGCUGGGACAAGGACUGGUAGAGAAGAGGGAGGCUUUUCCACAAGUCUUUGCCACACUGGAGCUGCAGGAGCAAUUUCUGGAGAAGAGGGAGGCUUCUCCUCACAUCACUAAUGCACAGGAGCUGCAAGAGGGACUUCUGGAGCAGAGGGAGGUUUCUCCAGAGGUCUCUCUGGAUGAGAAGGCAGCUACUAUGCAAACUACUGUGACUAAGGGAACAUCCUUGGCCAGACUGGAGGCCAAUGUGACUGUGUACGUGGAUGACGGGCUGGAAGCACUGCAGCAGGAGGAAGUGGAGGCAUCUGAAACGGAGAAAUCUCUGGUUCAGGACUGUGAUGUUAAGAAGGGAGUGCUUGCCUCCCUCCGUGGUUUGUGGAAGAGGGUGACAUUGCUGCUUUCGUGUUUGUACUGAGAACUGAAUUGUAGCUCAUAACUAUCUGUAAUAAUAUUC